AUGGUGACCUCAGACCCCACCGCGUCGAAAGUACCAGAUCGAAAGGAAGAGGAGUUCAUGUCCAUCGGAAGCUUGACCGGAGCAGGCAAUAUGGUCAAGAUCUACGUUGGCCCCGAAAAGAAAUGUUGGAUGAUCCACGAGGCCGUCAUUUGCAACAAGUCGACCUUCUUCCGCAACGCGUUUCGAGGCAACUUCGCUGAGGGCACCAGCAAGACGAUGACGCUUGAAGAAGAUGACCCAGCUGUUUUCAGUUUGUUCGUUGAUUGGCUCUGCGGGUCAAAUGAUGGCAAAUGGGAUAAAGAUCUCAAGAACUCUUGUGAGCGCCGCUUGGCUUGGUAUGGCUUGGAUAUCUUCGCGGACAAGAUCGGCUCGAAAAAGCUUCGCAAAUACGUGGAGGACUUAUAUGACGAUUGUUCAUGGUUUGGCGAUGAUGAAUGUGGGCGACAUAGUGCGAUUGAGGUAGAAAUUGUCUUUGAGACGUCACCUACAGACUCCCCAUUUCGAUCAGACAUGAUUUUGACAGCUUUAGAUCAAUUUUUGGGGAAUGACUUCAACGAUUUCAAGUGGUGGGGAGAGGAUCAUGUCUUGUAG